AUGGGUUUUCGCUCAAUUCCUAGAACAUUUGCGUAUGCUCUCGCCCUCACUGUGCUACUCAUCUUUACCGUUUCUGCUCAGGAGUCUGGGGUUGAAGCUGAGAGGGGAGACUCUAGUGGAUCCAAAGAUCUCGGUCGUCGUAGCAAGAUUAAUUUGGGCUUUCUUGAAGUUAAUGCUCUUGGACGCAAGAAUGAGGUUGAUGCACUUGCUCUUGGUCUCAAUGUGGACUCUGGUCUUGGAAUUUUCGAUGCCUUUAUAGCAAGCUUGUCAAUGAUACUAGUCAGUGAGAUCGGAGAUGAAACAUUUAUAAUAGCAGCUCUUAUGGCAAUGCGUCAUCCCAGGUCAAUUGUCCUAUCUGGUGCACUCACUGCCUUGGUUAUAAUGACGGUACUUUCCACUGGACUUGGUAGGAUUGUGCCAAACUUGAUAUCAAGGAAGCAUACAAAUAGUGCAGCUACAGUUCUUUAUUUAUUUUUGGGCUGCGUUUACUUUACAUUGCUUGGAGAUCAGAUCCAAAAUCUUCCCAGAAGAAAGAAAUGGAAGAAGUAUCAGAUAUACUUAUUCUCCUUCACCUCUGUUAUUCCUGCUGAGGAAUGUGAAAGCACUAGGUGUUUAGGAGAAGUAGAAGAGAAACUUGAGUCUGGACAGGGGAAGACAACCUUCCGCCGUUUCUUUUCCAGAUUUUGUACACCAAUCUUUUUGGAGUCAUUCAUUCUAACGUUUUUAGCUGAGUGGGGAGAUCGUAGCCAAAUAGCGACAAUUGCUCUGGCAACCCACAAGAAUGCACUCGGAGUAGCGGUAGGUGCGACACUAGGGCACACCAUCUGCACGUCUGUGGCUGUGGUGGGAGGGAGCAUGCUGGCAUCCAAAAUCUCCCAACGCACUGUUGCUACAGUUGGAGGCUUGCUAUUUCUAUGCUUCUCCGUAUCAUCGUAUUUUUAUCCUCCUCUAUAA